UCUUACUUAAUCUGUUAACUGUGAAGUAAUGGGUUUUUAAGCUCACUCUCACACAAAGACAAGGACCAAAAGAGGAAACACAGUUAAUUGCUCAGACCACACUGAACCUGACUUCUCACCAAAUAUCAAGCAGACACAGAGGAUGCAGCAAAUGGAGGUAUCUGAUUAUGGUAAUGAGUCACCGAGACCAAAGCAGAAAGGCAGUGGGGAUGCAAAUCAAACAGAGAGAAGACUCUGCCAGGUGCUUCUCCUCAGCUUUGGGCUGCUGUGCGUCAUACAAGCCAUUCUCAAUGUUUCUCUACGCCUGACAUUAUACUCUACCCACUCGGACUGCAACGCAACUCAUUUUAGUAGCCAAGACCAGCUAACCAACAAGAUCAAGAACCUGGAGGAGGAGAGGGACAGGCUGAGGACUAAUCUGGAGACAGCUCAAGAAAGAUGGGAGUAUUUCAACGGUAGUUUCUACUACAUUUCUUCUAUCGAGAAAACCUGGCAAGAGAGUAGAGAUGACUGUCUUCAAAAGGGUGCAGACCUGGUGAUUAUCAACAGCCAAGAAGAACAGGAUUUCACAACAAAAUUUGAUAAGAGACUGUGGAUUGGCCUGACUGACUCAGAGACAGAGGGGACGUGGAAAUGGGUGGAUGGGACUCCACUGACCAAAAGCUACUGGGAUUCCGGGGAGCCUAACGAUGAGAACGGUGAAGACUGUGUGGAAAUACGUUAUUUUGAUCCAGAAAACAGCUGGAGUGAUAAUAACUGUCUCACUCAACUCAACUGGAUCUGUGAAAUGAAAGUCCGUCCAUAACUCUGCAACCAAACCCACCAGACAGAAAACUAAGGACGAUAAAUAUAUUGCUGAUACAAUUUAAAUCUUUACAAAAGCAACCUGAAUAUACUCAUGUGGACACAUCAUUUCCAAGAAAAAACUGCAUUUUAGGAUUUGCCAGCUCAGUGUGGGAUAAUCUGAAGCAAUAUGUUAUCAUUCAGAGGAUACAUUAGGAUUUUUGACAACCUCUGGUCCGUCUGGUUUUAUUUUCUAAAAAAGCUU